AUGGACUUUAAAAGUUUGUGCUACAAGAACAUCAUCUUCAGGCUGAAGAACGAGUGCUGGAGUGAAGCGUUCUCGAGGUAAGUCUACCAAACUCUACCUAAUUUUUGACCGUGGUAUUUUAAAAAUUCAAUUCAAAAGGAUCGUAUUUACUUUCAGAGCCAAUAAUCGUAUACUUCCGGACAUUAACCUUGCAUUAGACCGAUUAUUUGUGCGUUGUUGUUUUACAGGUAUCUUCGCAUUCCCAAUCACCAACCGCUAUGUUCUAAUAGGCAAUUUAGGCCUUGCGGGCAUACCAUGGUUCCACUUCGUUCCAGUGACGUCGGAUUUCCUACACAUCAACAUAUUGAAUCGAGGAAGCCAGGUGAUAAUCUACUGUGAGGACGACAACAUCAUACUCGAUGUAGAUUCUGGGAGGAUCUACGAUAGAUUAAGAAGCCAAGACUGCAUGAGCGAUGUUAUGAAAGUAAUGCGACAUACUACGUUGGGCAUCCUCAUUUGCAUAAAGUUAGAGACGAUGUUAAAAGCCACGCUUUUAAACAAUCUUAAUGUCAAUUGCCGUAUAAAGUACCUGGCAUUUCUGAAUUUUCAUGGAGAAGUUAUUGUGAUAGACGUAGAUACAAUGCGCAAGAAAGUGAUAUACACGAUGAGGUUUGGGAAGAAAGAAGCUACUGUACUAUCCGAAAGUGAUAGUAUUUUCAUUAAAGGUACUGACUAUUAUUUCUCGAGUGAAUACCGUAGAAUUAUGAAAACAGAAACGGUAGUUCUCGUUUUGACCACGUCUUUUUGAGGUAGGGAGAAUGGAUCAACCAAAAAUGUAUUGCGACAGGGAGAGGAGAUAAGGGUUUCGUCUAAGGAGAUUUCUUAUCAUUUUUCCAGGCCUAUCCGUCUUCAUUCAGAUCAGCAUAAGGGGUUUGAUUUCCAGUUGAACGUAAUAAUAACUUUGAAAAAAAUUCCACAGCUACCUUAACUGUUCCAUUCUUUGAUCCGCGUCCGAUCCUUAUACCGUGAAUCAUAUUUAGAAGACGUGUAACUAAAGAUUUAACUUUCAGAUGGACCUAAUGCGGUGAUAUACAGCCUAGAAACGGGGGAUCUACUAUGCGACAUUACUGAUUACGAUAAAGGUGGUAGAUGGCUCCAAAUAGCACACAGAGUGUUUGUUAACAAUGAAACCGGCACGGUAAACGAAAUAAUAUUCUAA